AAAAGGACAAACUUUGUCCGUCGUGUCGGUGCCGCACUUCCCUUACGUGGACUAUGAGAGGAGCAAGGAGGGAAAAGGCGGGGUGGUGACGCUUAGGGAUACCAUUGAUGCUCGACUACUUCAGACUUUCUCCGAGAAAAUCAAUUUCACGUACAUAACUCGCGAGGAGCCCAACCUCACAUUUGGGCUGGACGAAGACGGCAUGUUUAACGGCAUGGUGGGUCAGCUGCAGCGAGAGGAAGCAGACUUUACUACAGUCAUUGGUCCGUCUCCUCCUCGUUUGAAAGUGGUGGAUUUCCUUCAAAGUUAUCCUUCAGAUAAGAUGACACUGGUAUCCCUCCAGCCGUCAUUCUUGCCCAAGCACCUCACCUUCAUAAAACCCUUCACAGGCAUAGUGUGGCUGUGCACGCUGUGUGGCAUAAUGUUUUGGGGAAUCACUUACUGGAUGCUGCAUACACUGAAGAUCCUCAGAGUCGAAGGACGCAAGGUGGAACUGAGCAAUUCCCUGCUCUACAGUAUUGGUGCCAUUGUGGAGGAGGCCUGCCCAGACCCUUCAUACACAACAACCGGACAGAUGCUGGUUGGUUGGUGGCUGGUGUUUGCUUUGGUUAUUUGUACCGGCUUUCGAUCCUCUCUGAUUGCCCACCUGACUGUCCAAAGCACUACCAAGCCUGUGGAAACGAUGGAGGAUAUGAUAGCGGCGGACAGCUGGCGGUGGGCAAUUGAACCUUGGCUCAUGAAAGGGAUUCCCAUUGAAUACUUUGCAAACCAUCCUCAACCUCUCGUAAAGACAAUAUACAAAAGAAUGGAGGUCUAUGACGCUAUUGAGGGACUAAAGGAAAUACAGAAAGGAGGAUUCUCUCUUUUUGACUUGGAGAAUUACAUCAAGAUAAUUAUCCAGUCCAACUACACUGAUGUGAAAGGCCGCACACCAUUCCACGUUAGCAAGAAAGGCUUCACCAUUAUGGCGACAAGCGGAUGGAACUUUCGGAAGGGAGCGCCGUUCUUCGAGCGCUUCGGGAAGCUAUUUCGCCGGCUGGAAGACGCUGGCGUCAUCAUUCAGUGGAGGGAGGAGGUGAUGGCCCGACGAGCGAGGGAGAACCGAAAGAAGAUAAAGCCUUAUGUGAUGCCUGUCGAUGGGAUAGACAGCGAGUCUGAAGUUGUCCUUGGAGUGGAACACUUGCAGGGCGCGUUCUACCUGCUCUUUCUUGGCUCCUGCAUUGGCUCUGUUUUCUUUUUAUUCGAAACACAAUUGAACUGAAAAACAAAUUAUAAAUAUAUGCGGCAUUACGUAUGCAUCACAUCAAAUAUGUAGCAAGACCCUAGUAGCUUUAAUGAACAUGGCUGGAAAAUGUGGCAUGGAAAACGUGUGUGUGUGUGUGUGCGUGUGUAUUGUUAAGCAGAGUAGGAUUACAUCUUGCUGUAUUUAUUCUUAAAGUGAACGUCAUGGAAACAUUUUGUAAACUUGAAGGCUUUCUCUGUUCAUGUCAAUUUUAAGCACAUGUUAAAUUAGGAGUUUUGCACAUGUGUUUGUUGCCAUUAAAGCAAACCUAGAA